UUUGGUAAACAGACAUUUCUCCAGUUCCUGUAGCCUUAAAGAGGAGGGAAAACCCUCAGGCAAAAGACCUUCUCACAUCUGACAGUAACAUCCUGGAUGGCCUGGAAGCUCAGACAAGCACUUGGCGGGAAAAGAAUAAACACAGACCAAAAUCUCACAAUCUGUUUCUGUUUAGUUUAUAAACUGCGACCGAGUCCGGCAGCUUUCGUGCCUUGUGGGACUUGAAGUCCGGAGGGGAGAAGCGAUCAGGGUAGCCGAAGCGUCGAAGCCGGCGGCCCCUGCAGGUCUGAAGAGUAAGGACUACAAUUCCCGACACACAUCCCGAGGCCGCGCCGUAAUUACCGGCAACCAACCGGACCGGAGCAGGAUUAGCUCCAGCCCCCGGCUCGGGAGGGCUGCCUCCACCAAUGGCAGCGCUCUCAGUGCUGAGCCUGCGGGUUAGGUUGUGAGGCUCCGGCGGGGGCGGGGAGGAGCCGAGGGGGUUCUGAACGAGCUCGGCUGCUGGGUGGGUCGGGGCGUUCGGCGCGCCCUUCAUUGAAGCGGCGGUGGCCGGGCUGGGCGCCGGGAGUGGGAAGCGACGGCGCGGCUGGAAAAUGCCAGUCCAUUCCCGAGGGGAUAAGAAGGAGACGAACCAUCACGAUGAGAUGGAGGUGGACUACGCCGAAAACGAGGGGAGCAGCUCCGAGGACGAGGACACCGAGAGCUCGUCGGUCUCCGAGGAUGGAGAUAGCUCAGAAAUGGAUGAUGAAGACUGUGAAAGAAGAAGAAUGGAAUGUUUAGAUGAAAUGUCCAAUCUUGAAAAACAAUUUACCGAUCUCAAGGAUCAACUUUAUAAAGAACGAUUAAGUCAGGUGGAUGCAAAACUACAAGAAGUCAUAGCUGGAAAAGCACCAGAAUAUUUGGAACCACUGGCAACUUUACAAGAAAAUAUGCAAAUUCGUACAAAGGUAGCAGGAAUCUAUAGAGAGCUCUGCUUAGAAUCUGUAAAGAACAAAUAUGAAUGUGAAAUUCAAGCUUCUCGCCAGCAUUGUGAGGUACUGUUAUUUUGCUUAACUUUUAAGCUGAUUUCAAUUCUUCAAGUCUUCUUCUGAGUGCAGCAGUUAAAAAAGUAAAAUAAAUGAAACAAAAUUGAAUAGUACUUUAGCUCAGCCCGCUUAUGCAAUUUUUUUUUAAUACAGUUUCACUGGAAGCUAUAUUGGAAAUAGGACACAAAGAAAGAAUCAUACAAAAGAACUAGUGAUAUAAUUUUAGAAGUUUUGCAGCUGUCACCUUAAAAAGACUUUGUAAUGAUUAUGUCAUCUGGCAUCACCAAAUAGUAUAAUUAAUAUAAUGUUAAAGACUCAAAAAAUGUAUAUCCAGUAGUUCUGUUAAUUUCUCAAUUUUUAGAUCUGUUUCCACAUCUUAGGGCAAAAUUCUCUAUGGGGGAAAAAUGGAUUCUCUGUAUUCUGUUUAUUUUUAAUAGCACUGGAAAACAUAGUGUUGAUUUUGCAGAUAACUUUUCAUAAGACCUAGACAAGAUCUAUUUAUAAAUAACUAGUGAAAAUAAGAACAAGUUCUGUGAUGAUUCUUAUCUUAAUGUACCAUAUCUUUAUAAACUACUAAAAUACUGGGAGUAGACAGAUAUAAAAAUGAUGGAGCUUGUGUCAUUUUCUUGGUUAUAACUGUGAUGAAACAUCUUUCGAUGUUUACUGGCUGUUUGGAAUUUCUUUUCUAAGAAGUACCUGUACAUAUCUUUUGCCUUUAUGUUGAGCUUUUAGUCUUUUCCUCAUUAACUGUAGAGAUUCUUCAUAUAUUCUGGAUACAAAUGCACUGCUGGUUAUAAGCUUUGCAAAUAUUUUUACCCAGGCAGUGGGGUAUCUUUUUCACUCUUUUUGAUGACCUUUUAAACAAAAUUUCACAUUUUAAUGUGGUUGAAUUUAUCAUCUUUCCUUUAUAAUACUGUAUCUGUUUCUUGUGUGUUCCCCACUUUGAGUAAAAUGAUAUGUUUUCUUUUAAAAUUUGAAAUUUUGCUUUUUGUUGCUAAACUACCUUUAUUUCAUUUUUCUGUGUGAUUAAAGUAUGGAUCUAAGUUUACUUCUUUGCUUAUGGAUAGGUAAUCUCACUGUUUAUUACAUACUUCAUUGUUUCCCCACUAAUCAGCAAUUCCAUCUCUUUUUUAUACCAAAUAUCCACAUAUGUGCUGGCUUGUUUUUAGUGUUUUUUCCAUCUGUUCCAGUGAUCUCUUUGGCUCCUCUUGCACCAGUAUCACAAUUUCUCUUUUUACAGCUUUCAUUCUAGUACGUUGAUGACUCAAUAGCCUAAUAAUUUUACCUUGCUCAUUUUCUUCUUACAGUUGCUAUUAUUAUUAAUUUUACUUGUUGUUUAGUAACAGCUUUUUAAAAAUUACCUUUUUUACUUUUUAUUUUCUGCUGCUGCCUAGAAAAGUGAGCUUUAUAUAUUAAAGAGUUUAUAUGAGUGAGUUUAUAUAUUGAUACUAUAUCCAACCAUGUUACUCUUUCUUAGACUGUAAAUAAUAUAAAUAAAUCAUCAUAUAAAUAAUAAUGUGAUUUGUGAAUAAUGCUGCAGUGAAAGUGAUGUAUGUAUUCUUGGCACCCUUGGUGAAGUUCAGUUGACCAUACAUGCAUGGGUUUGUUUUCAAGGCUCUCUUAUUUCUGUUCCAUUGGUCUAAGUUUUAUUCUGUUACCAUAUUGUUAUAAUUACUGUAGUUUUAUAAUAUGUUUUAAAAUUAGGAAAUGUGA